GCUGGCGCUGCAGCUUCUGUCCACAGACAGCGCUAAUGCUACCAAAACUGACGGCUGAGAAUAAGUAGAGGCGACCUACUUCGUUUGAAGUGUUAUAAUAAGACUGUGCCCACUUUAUAUCAGCAACAGACUUCUGUAGCUCGCCAUAUAAGCUGCAGUGCAUCUUGUCAGCGAAGAGUUUGGCAGACGCUUCGACCGGGGAAUACUACUUCCUAAAACUCGUCUUCAACUCGCAGAAAAACAUGGCAAGGCUGGAGGCCUUGCUGGACGAUGGAAUCAGAACAGAGUUGAUGCUCCAGCUGCAGCUGAAGGCCCUGAGUGAUGCCCUCAGACAGCAGCUGCAGGAGACAGAGAAGAGACAGAUGGAGGAGUUGGAGAGAAGGAUUCGUCAGAACGCUCUCCUGUCAACAGCUAUAUGCAGAGAGUCCGGUGAUAAAAAAGAGCUGAAUCAUCAGACGAAACAUGUGGGAAUUAGGAGAUCUAUCUCUACAUCUGCCCUGACCUCAGAUAAAGAGGCUUCACACCAUCUUAGAUGGUCAGACAGGCCUAACUCAUCUUCUCCAGCCUGGGUAUGCUCAACAAACUGGAAAAAAUGUUCACUCCAGACUUCCAUGGUGACUCCUACCAAGACACAACAGUGUGAACGGGUAGCUUUAUACAAAACAACACAAAUGAGCAAAGAGGAGGAGGCUGAGGCUGAAUGUCAGAAGAAGUUCUGUGCUCUUCCAGUCCCCAGCCAUGUCAUCCAGCCCCUCUAUCAGGAGAUGAUGGAGCUGAGAGAGAAAGAGAGGCAGCGGAGUCACGAGCAGAGGAGGAACUUCUUGCUCUCCAUACAAAAACCUUUCAGCUUCCAGGGGAGAGAAAAUGAGAAAAGGGAGAAGCUGAUAGCUAUGUUAAACCAAGUCUCACAGGAUCAGAAAACCAAGGUUCCUACUGUCAGGAAACCUCCUCACAAAGUAGAAAAGGACUCGUUAGCUUCUGAGCUGAGAGACCAGGAGGAGGUUUGCAGGACAGUCCACACUCGGGGGACAGGGCGACAGCAGAAUUCCACCACGUCCUGCAGCCCGAAGCUUCACACUGCUGAGCGCACAAGGAAAGAAAAGCUGGGAUUUCUGGACGAGAAGCCGAGCUUCCAGCCAAAAAUCAUCCAUCAGGUCCCUGACUUCAGCAGGUUGCACAAGGCUUUGCAGACAGAGGCACUGAGAAAAACAAAGAGUAAAGAUGUGACAAAGUGUCAGCCCUUCUACCUCAGGACAUCAGGUCUCCCUGCAAGGCAAAGUAGGAUGAGCCCAGAAAAAUCACAGGAACCAAAAAUAAGUCACCUCAGUAGAAGCAAGUCACUUGGAGCCUUAACGUCACUGUCCACAGACACACUCCCCACGUACAUCACAGAUGCUGUGAGGAAGCGCUGCAUGGCCAUCAGAAAGUCAAUGGAGAUGAGGGAUAAUAAGAAUCAAGAGAGUGCAGACUGGUUGAGGAAGUACCAAAUGAGGUCCCAGGCCAUGAAGAAGACAGUUACCCUCCAUUCAAAGUUGCUGGACCCACACAGCAGCUUGAAAGAAGUGUAUAAUGAAAAAGUAAAGCACCAUAUGAUGGCUGACCAACAAAGGAUGAGAGAGUACAUGAAAGAGCUACGGGAAAUGAAGGCACGAGUUAGUGAACGCCCUUAUUUGUUCGAACAGGUGAAACAGAGAAAUGCAAAGGCUUAUGCAGAGCAGACAUACAGGGACAAACUGAAGAAAGCUGGGUUUAAGGAGCAAUUUGUUGAAGAAAACGGAGAAACAAUUGAAGGAACAUCUGUCUCGUCCAGAUCUGAGAACUAUGCAGAUGUGAAUGACCGCAGCAGUGAAAAUGACAUCCACAGCAGGGAAGAAAAUGUAGACGACGGGGAGAAAAUUGAAGAUGUGGAAGAGGAGAGCGUGAAGUCCAAAGGGGAAGAAAUGCCAUGAUCAAAAAGGUUCAGGCGGCACAGAGUUUUUUGUGGCCUCUCCACUUGAAAACAACAGUGUCCUCAAAAAUGAUUCAUGUCACAGCUAACUA